ACGGUACAAGACGCUGCCUUUUCUGGAAGAAGAUCUGGCAAAACGGAAGGUGCAAUGGAGGCGCCUACCGGGAAGGCGGGUGGCCGCCGGCCAGUAUCUCCCAUGCACAGAGCUGAGUUGGAACUGAGGUGGGUACAGGGAUUCACCAACAGGAAGGUUGGCUUUGUUGAUAAACAGACUGUCUGUUAUCCUUCCGGCAAUUACAUUAUAUUUAUCAACAUUGAAACACAAGUCAGAUCGGUUUUGCAGUGUAAGCAAGGGAAUAUAGGAGCCUUUACUGUGAGUGGAAAUCAGCAUCUAGUUGCAUUUUCUGACAGACAGCUGAAUCCUAUAAUCUAUGUCUACAGUUUUCCAGGACCAAAGAAACAGGCCAAAUUAAAAGGGCAUGCCAGCCUGGACUACACCAUGCUUGCAUUCAGUUACACAGGUUCUUAUCUGGCCAGUUACUCUGCAAUCCCAGAAUUUGCUCUUUCAAUAUGGGACUGGAACAAAAACGUCCUCUUAUGCAGUCAGUCCCAGCCAGGAGUAGAAGUGACUGCAAUGGGUUUUAAUCCCAUGAGCUGGCACCAGUUGUGUCUAUAUAGUGGGACCUCUGUGACUCUUUGGCACAUUGAAAGGAAUAAUGAAGAGCACAUUUUGAAGUCAAAGCCAGUCAGGCUCCCUAACGAAGAUGGAGCUUUAGUGGAUGAGCAAAACAGCUUUUUCACCCGUACUAAUGUCCAUGAUCUUUACUUUGGCCCUGUACUGCCCAAUUCAGCUAUUGCUGGUCUGGUCGGCGAUGAAGCAGAAACGUUUAGGCCCAAAGACGAUAUUCAACCUUUUGUCCACCCUACUGUCCAUUGCUGGUCUCCAACCUCUGAUCUGUAUAUGGGCUGUGAGGAAGGCUAUUUUUUGAAAAUUGGUGCAGACACGUUCAAGGCUGCUAUUGUCCAUCAAAAACUCUCACCAGAUGCGAAAGCAAAAAAGCGGGCAACUUUUCGGUCGAUCUCGCACAGUUUGGCAACAGAAGAUGAAAGGAAGGAAGCUCAAAAUGUGGUCCUGUUUGCCAUGGCACUUCAUAAGGAUGGGCUCUUCGCAGCUGGAAAUGAUGGUGUUGUGCGGUUUUAUAAAAUCAAAGGCACAAGUUAUGAGGUGGAAGACUGCCUGGAUAUGGAGGAGCCCAUAACAAGUCUUAUCUUUUCUCCUGAUUACGUUAAUUUAUUAGUAGAAACAGAAAAGGGUUCACUCUACAUAUUUAAUCCUAAUGUGAAUGAAGAUGUUAUCCAGUUAUUGGAUGCAAGUGAAGAACAAUUCAUAGGAGCUGAUUUUAUUGUUCCAGGAACCAAAUACUGUGUGUCAGUAGCUAAAUCCGGAGAGGUACAUGUUUGGCAGGUAGAAGAUGGAACUUGUGUCAGCAAGCUUUGUCUACAUACAGUGGUCACUGCAAUGUGCUGCUCAUUGUCCUCUCACUGCGUCGCAGUGGGAUCAAAAAGGGGCCACGUCUACUUCUUAGAUCUUACUCAUGUGGAAACUCCUAGGUUGGUUCACCGGAUUCUCCUUUCUGAACAUCCUCUUCAAUUUCUGCACUAUGAACAGAGUGGUCAGUUUCUCAUAGCAUCAACUACAAAAGGAUAUAUCUUUAUUUUAAAUGCCCUCCCCUCAAAAUCAUUCCAAGUCAUUGGAUACACAGUGUUGACCAGUGAGAUAACUGACUUAACUUCUCUUUAUGAUGCUGAGAAGGAUUCAACUGAAGUGAUUUCACUACUCUGUCCACCAGAUAUCAAAAGGGCAAGGGUGGAGAUAUUUAAUCUUUCUUCAAAGACUAUUUCAGAUAAUGAGGAGUGUAUCAGUGAAAGAGGGAUGUUGAAGGACUUUGUUGUUCGAAAACGUACAUAUGAAUUAGAAUACCCACUUUGUUCUCUGGUCAAGAGGAAGGACAGUACAGUAUAUGCCUAUGCUAGCCAGGCACCUUUUAUCUGUAGAUAUCAUCUUACUGCAAAGAUUACUUGGAAAGAUCAGCAAAUCACUGUUGCAGAUAAGACGACACCAAGCAAACAAUUUGGGCGGGCUGCCCUGCAUUUGUCACCUCAUCACAAGUGGUUAGCUUCAGUUGCUGAGAGUGGAGUAUUAUAUAUCCAUGAUGCUACAUCUCUGGAUAUUUUAGCUCGUGAGCACUGCCAUUCAUACAACGGACGGGGAAUCAGAUCGUUGGCAUUCUCACUGGACGGUCAAUCUAUUCUUGUCAGUGGAAUGCAGGAUAGAACACUUGUUUGUCUGAAAUGGAAGAGGCUUGGAGAGCGCAAACUGAAGGAUGCAACUGACUUUGGGAAUUAUCUUCUUACCAUUCUUAGCAGCCAUAUUUUCCGAGAAAACUCAUUUCUAAAGUCCAUGCCUGAGUGGACAAUGACAUCAGCAUCUAAUUUUGACCCAUCAUUUGAAAGUGGUUCUCAGAUAAGGUUCCAGAAGAGAUCACGUAUUGAAAUGGCAGAAGAAGAAGAUGAAUACUUCCGUCUGAUUCAAGGAAAACCUGAUGAGACUACAUGGUUAGAUCAGAAAGCAGAAAAGGCUAUCAAGGAGGAGACUGAAAUGUUUGCUGACAAAAAGAGAGAGCUGAAAAAUAGAAUUAAAGAGCUCCGUAAAAAGAUUCAGGAAAUGAUGUUUGAAAAUGCAAAGGCACCUAAAAUUGAGAAACUGGAUCAACAGGAAUUCAACUUGGACAUAGAAGAACAAGAGAGACAGCAAAUAAAUAGUGAAAAAGAAGUAACAAGGGUAAGGAAGGAUAUAGAGAUGGAAAAUCUAGCAAACUGUUUUUUACGUGAGAUCAUCAAACAUGAAUGCUGGGAUUCCAUGGUUGUUAAAGGACGAUCAGUUAAGACCUUCCACUCACCCUGUGAAGUUCAGAACUACCCAAUGAAAGCACGAAGUGAGGAAGAACAGAAGAUGUUGGAGAGAAUUGUGUAUAUAAAGAAGAUUGAAGCAACAGAUAUGAAGCUCCGAAGGAAGAUUGUUGAAUUUCAGUCUCAGGCUUCAAGCAUUGAAGGGGAGAGGCCUGAAGAAGGAGAGAAGCAAGAAGAAGAAAAAGUUGAUGCUCUGAUGGGAAGCUUGAGCUCAAAGUAUGGUGGAGAUACGUCCGUUUUAUACCACCAACUGGAAGUCCACACUCGGGAGGAGAAGAUUAAUCAGAUUAUGUUACUACGGGACAUUAUUUAUAAUGUGAAGACUGCUUUUAAUAUGGAAUUUGACUCAGUCACCCGAAUGAAAGAGCUAGAGAUUGCACGGGUAAAGGAGAGGAACGUGAGGAUUGCAGAGAUCUUAAAACAGCUGGAUUUGAAGGAGACUAUCUGGGAGGCAACCUUGUCAGAUAAUGAGAAACCAGAACGCGCACUGACGGUCCCAGAAUCAGAGAUCAAAUCAACAAAAUACUUGACCCCAGUGCAAAAAGCAAAAGAAAAAAUUAUGGCUCAGGUUGAGCAUAAAAGACGACUUGCUGCUCAGGCGGAUAAUGCAAGAGAGCGUGGCCUUAUGGACAUGAUGGGUGGAGUUCUUGAAGUAAAAAAAGAAGACAUUUUGAAGAUGGAGAUUCCAGUACCUGCUUUUGUAAAAAAAGAAGAAGCACUCUGGAAUGAAGAGGAAAAAAAACUAUUUAAAGAAUAUGAGAAGAAAGUUAAGGAACUGAAUGAAGAAAGAGAGAAACAUCGAAAGAUUCUGGAAACUGAGUUGAGGAAACUUCAGAACUCUGUUCAAGAAACAACACAAACGUUUGAUGAAAUUGUGAACAGGCUCUUUGAGAAAAAAGUCCAUACUGAAAUGGUUAUAUAUCAGGAAGAACUCAAAAUAGCCAACAUCCUUUAUUCAUUGCUUUUGGAUGAAGAAUUGAGUACGAGAGAAGCUGGGCUCCAGCACUACCUUGAGAAAAAGAGGAAGGAAAAGAUUUUUUCUAAUGAAGCACUCAAGGCAUCCAGAGCAGAAGUGGAGUCUUACAGAGAUACCUAUGACAUUGUAAUUGCUGAGGAUAAACUUAUGGAACGUGGGUUUAGAAAGGAAUUUUCAGAUCUCCCCAUUCAUCACAUUGAUCAACUAUUCAAACUUUACAAACGUCGACCAAGGGCUCACAAGACAAAGGUUCAUGUUGAUGCUGCUAACCCCUAUGGUGACCGGCCAGGUUCUGCCAAAACUCAGCAUGAUGCUCUUGCCCAUUUAAUGAAAGCGAUUGAUGAAAUGGAUGAUCCUGAUAACAGACCUGAGGGUCUUGACCUCAACAACUGGGAACGCUUCUGUGCAGCUCGACGUGCUAAAGUGGAAAGUGAACAGCUGGUGAAACAAAAAGCACUGACACUAGCAGAGAUGCAGACUUUCCUUCAGAAGAGGACUGAAGAUGAUGAGAAGAUACGAAGAGACACUGACCUAAUAUUCACUGAGCUCAAUCUGCUUAGAGAACAGAAAAUGAGAUAUCAGUUAGAUUUGAUGGUCCAGUUUCUCUUUAAACAAGGGCAAGUGGAGCUAGAGGGUACCAACUUAAUACCAGAUUACACCGAUGCUAUUCUUAUCCACAGGAGCAUUAUUGAGGAACUGAACAGCAUAAUCCGGGCUCAAGGAGAAAAGAAAAUUGCCAGCAUGGUGGAAAGUAAAGAUUUCCGUAAAGGGAUAUUUCAGCUGGAAUGGGAACAUAAGAAAAUGCAGAUGGAGGUGGAAGAUCUGAACGAAAAGGCCCGGGAUAUUCAAAAACUCAAUGUUACAAAAGAUCACCAGUUUUUCUUAAAUGUAAUUAACUAUGAAAGUCGAAUGAAUCAUGAGGUCUCAGUGAUGGAAGCAACGCUUAAUUUUAUAGAUAAGGUGCAUAAAAAAAAUGUGGAACAGCGAAGCAGAGUCAUUAAGGACCUGGAGAAGCAAAUCAGUCUGAAAGAUAUGGCAAACCAGAAACUCAGCAAAGAGUUACAAGAAAUGCUUGUUAGUGUGUCAGAAAAGAGGCACAUUCAUGAGGCCGCGGACACUGAGCAGCUUAAUCAAAAGAUUGCUAAAGAGCAUUAUGAAGAUAUCUUACAACGACAGCAACUUGUGGAUCUUGCCAAAGAACAGGCCCGGGAGUUGUCUAUCCUUCAAGCUGAAGUGGAAAGGCUAAGAAUGAGAACAUUUCCAGCUUUCUUUGAUGUACAUGAAUUUUAGCAGAGGGAUGCUUUCACAGCUAGAAGCAAUAAGAUAGCCUUGUAGACAAGUAGAAAACAAAUCUGCUGCAAGACAGCUGUUUUUUCCUUUUACAUACUUUUACUAUACUGAGCUUGAUAGAUUUACUUAAAUUCAUUCCGACUUUAGUUUUAGCAUUUUAAGGAAAAAAAUACUGACUCGAAAGUCAGCCCCCCCCCCCAUGCUCAGUCUCACUUUCUGGGUAGCCUAUGAUAUAUUUGCAUCAUUUAAUGGCCUGAUCUUAAACACAUUUCCAGGGACAUAAGGAUUGCCGCCGCCCCCCCGCCCCCUACUUAAGGGAGAGGGUGAUGGGCAGCACCCCACAUUGCCCUCUCUCAGCUUGUUCACUAGCUUGGGGGAGGAUGGUUCCCAGGCACUGAAGACCCAAGGACAUUGUCUUCUCUUGUUCAGUGCUGGCUCUGUUACUGCACACUUCCUGGUAAGUGCCAUUAAUCACAGCAGGACAAAGUGAACAUACAUUUUUAGGCUGUACACUCACCCUAUGCAAAUGAUUCCUAAAAAAUUACUCUAACAAACAGUGGCAGUUGUGGAACCAUUCCCAAGUGUUUGUUUUAAAGUAAAUUUUUGAAAGUAUG